AGUCUUGGGUCGGCUCCUCGUCUGUCUGCGCGUCACUGUAAAACUUUAGCCUCCACUAUGAGGGAAAUCGUGCACAUUCAAGCCGGCCAGUGCGGUAACCAGAUUGGUGCCAAGUUCUGGGAAGUGAUCAGCGAUGAACACGGCAUCGAUCCCACCGGAACAUACCAUGGUGACAGUGACCUGCAGCUGGACAGGAUCAGUGUCUACUACAAUGAGGCCAGUGGAAGUAAAUAUGUACCGCGUGCCAUUCUUGUGGACUUGGAGCCUGGCACCAUGGACUCCGUGAGGUCCGGACCCUUUGGGCAGAUCUUUAGGCCAGACAAUUUCGUCUUUGGUCAGAGCGGUGCGGGAAACAACUGGGCCAAGGGUCACUACACAGAGGGAGCUGAGUUGGUGGACUCAGUCCUGGAUGUGGUCCGCAAAGAGUCAGAGAGCUGUGAUUGCCUGCAGGGCUUCCAGCUCACCCACUCUCUUGGUGGUGGAACUGGAUCCGGUAUGGGAACCCUGCUCAUCAGCAAGAUCCGCGAGGAGUACCCCGACCGUAUCAUGAACACCUUCAGUGUGGUGCCUUCCCCCAAGGUGUCAGACACAGUGGUUGAGCCUUACAAUGCCACCCUAUCAGUCCACCAGCUCGUCGAGAACACAGAUGAAACUUACUGUAUUGACAAUGAAGCCCUGUAUGACAUCUGCUUCCGCACUCUGAAACUUACCACCCCCACCUAUGGUGACCUUAACCACCUUGUGUCCGCCACCAUGAGCGGUGUCACCACCUGCCUGCGUUUCCCUGGCCAGCUCAAUGCUGAUCUGCGCAAACUGGCUGUCAACAUGGUGCCUUUCCCCCGUCUGCACUUCUUCAUGCCUGGCUUCGCUCCCUUGACCAGCAGAGGCAGCCAGCAGUACCGCGCCCUCACCGUCCCCGAGCUCACCCAGCAGGUGUUCGACGCCAAGAACAUGAUGGCUGCGUGCGACCCACGUCAUGGCCGCUAUCUGACCGUUGCUGCCGUGUUCCGCGGCCGCAUGUCCAUGAAGGAGGUCGACGAGCAGAUGCUCAACGUCCAGAACAAGAACAGCAGCUACUUUGUGGAAUGGAUCCCCAACAAUGUGAAGACCGCCGUCUGUGACAUUCCACCCCGUGGACUCAAGAUGGCCGUCACCUUCAUUGGCAACAGCACAGCCAUCCAGGAGCUGUUCAAGCGCAUCUCAGAGCAGUUCACAGCCAUGUUCCGCCGCAAGGCCUUCUUGCAUUGGUACACCGGAGAAGGUAUGGAUGAGAUGGAGUUCACCGAGGCCGAGAGCAACAUGAACGAUCUGGUGUCCGAGUACCAGCAGUACCAGGAUGCCACCGCCGAAGAGGAGGGCGAAUUUGAGGAGGAGGCUGAUGAUGAUGCUUGAAGAUAAAAAUGUGAAGGUCAAGAUGUCAAUGCCAAAAUGUAACACUACACACAAAAAAACAGCCAUUAAAGUAACGAAGGAACAAACAUAGCAUACCUUAGAAAUCCCUUGUGAUUCAGUUCAA